UCCUACAGCCGGACCCGUCGCGGUCCCAGGCGUCCACCAUGGCGCGCGACAUGUACCAGAUGCCCAACGGCUACAUGCCCAACGGUUACCCCACCUACGACCCGGCCGCGUACCAGCAGCAUGCCGCUGCCUACGGCAGCUACAUGACCAACCCGUACAUGACGGCCGGCGGCCAGUACGAGAUGGCCCGAGGCUACACCCCUCCCACCACCUCCAGCAUGGGCUACAUGAACGGCUCCAGUUACAACGUCAUGUACACCAACAGCCCCAGCCCGUACAGCGGCAUGCAGGCGGGCAUGGGCACAGCGUCGGCCAGCCUGCCGUCGCACUCGCCCAACAGCAUGCGCUCGGACACACCACCGUCGGCGACCGCCGCCGCGCCGCCGAUGAAGCGGGAGUACGGCGCGCCCCCGCAGCAGGGCGACCUCAACAGCAUGAUCAACAUGUACCUGCCGGCGCAGGGGGCGGCAGAGCAGGCGGCAGCGGCCGCCGCCGCCGCCAAGUACGCCGCCGAGCAGAAGUACAUGCCGCCCUACCACCACCAGAUGACAGGCAGCCCAGACGCCAGCCUGCCGCCGGCCGCCAUGACGCUGGCGCACCACAUGUGAG